AUGUCAAAGGUAUUCAAGAAGACCAGCGGCAACGGACAUAUUGCCCUGUACUUGGGGAAGAAAGACUUUGUGGACAAUGUGGAGUCAGUGGAAUUCCUACACACGAAGACUACACUGAAUAUAUAUCUUUCUAUUGCAGUAUUUGUCUACCUUGCUUGUGCCUUCCGCUAUGGAAGCGAAGACUUGGAUGUUAUUGGGCUGUCCUUCAGGAGAGACAUCUGGAUCCAGCGCGUUCAGGUGUAUCCACCUACAGGCCAAAGCGCAGCCAAAACACCAAUGCUGGAAUCCCUCAUGAAGAAAAUUGGAGAGCAAGGAUGUCCCUUUUCCUUCCAGAUGCCAGCAACUCUCCCAUGCUCAGUCUCCCUACAGCCCGGGGGCUCUGGCAAGGCUUGUGGUGUGGAUUUUGAGGUUAAAGGAUACAUUUCCGACGUAGCAAACAGUGCAGAUGAAAUUGACAAGAAGGACACGUGUCGUCUGAUGAUUCGCAAAAUACAAUUUGCACCAGCUAACAACAAGCCUGGGCCCAAGGCUGAUAUAGUAAAGCAGUUUAUGAUGAGUGACAAACCUGUGAACUUGGAGGCCUCCCUUGAAAAAGAUAUAUUUAUAUAUUACCAUGGAGAUCCAAUCAAGGUCAAUGUAAAAAUAAACAACGAAACCACCAAGGUUGUGAAGAAAAUCCUUAUUUCAGUUGAGCAGCACACACUUGUGGUGCUCUACUCAUCUGAUAAUUACACCAAGGCGGUCUGCUCCGAGGAGUUUGGGUAAGGCGACAACGGCAACUCUAAAUUCGAGAAGUCCUUCCAAAUAACCCCCCUUCUGGCCAACAACCAAGAGAAGCGGGGUCUUUCUGUGGACGGACAGCAAAAAGACCAGGACACCAACCUAGCAUCCACUACCCUGAGUAAAGGAGAGAAGGAGAUGCAGGGGAUCAUCAUCUCCUAUAAAGUCAAGGUCAAUCUAAUGAUGUCCGGCGGAGGCCUGCUGGGCAGCUUAACAGGAAGCGAUGUCACUGUGGAGCUUCCUCUACUGAUGUCCCCAAAACCUGCUGGACAGACAUCUCAGUUGAGGCCAUGGAGGGCUGAGAUGACCAGCGGAGGAAACUCACCUCUGUGA